AAUGGUCUUGGGGGUUUGUUAGUGUCAUUGAAGGACCCAACUGGUACAAUUGAUGCUACUAUUCACCACAAAGUCCUCUCCGAAAACGAGUUUGGUAAGGAGUUAACUACUGGUGCAGUUAUAAUACUUCAGAAGGUAGCCAUCUUUGCCCCUGUGAGGACAGCACGUUAUCUCAAUGUAACAACAAGGAAUUUGGUGGAGGUAUUCUGCCAAAACAAGGAAUCUACUUUAGUACUUUAUAAGUCUGUUCAGCCAGUCCAGUAUGCUGAUCCCGAUACCGAAUCUAGUCGAAAAGCCAGAGCAGUGGAGAGGAUGUCCUCCAUGCAAAAUGAGGUGCAGGAAGACGCUGAGAUGAGAUUGUCCAAGAGAGCUGAGAAUUCCCAAAAUGAGAAUGUAAUUCGGAAGCAGAAUCUUUUUGAUGGAAACAGUCAAUCGAAUAACAGGGACAGCUCAAACGUAUCUGCAACCCAGAGAGGAGGGUACAUUAAUAUAAGCCAGCAUGUGUGCAAUGAAGGACCUGAAGACAUGAGCAGGACUAGGAUUACUGGUGACGACCAAGAGAUAGUGAAUGGUACCAAAAGGGGGACAAAGGGAGGUAACUCGGAAGGUGACGACACUGAUACAAUGAUCAACCCUCUUGCAGAAACUACAGGUGAAAAUGGUCGAGGGACCAAUGAAGUCCAAAUGCAAACGCAGCCUCUGAUGUCGACAGCCACUCCUCCACAGUGGACAGACGAACAGUUGAACGAACUUUUUGCAGAUGAUGAGGAUGAUGCUUCUUUAUUCUGAUAAGGUUUGCAAAAGUUCUAUUUUCGAGUAUUAGAAAAAGAAUGUACAUGCUCUUCUUCACCCCCAACCAAACACACGUUACCAUAGUUUUACAUUACCAAUCUUUACAUCUUCAAGCUGUCAUUUUGCUAUUUUGUGUAUUUUAGCAGAUCCCUCAAGAAAUUUUAAGAGUUAUAUGCUAUAUACAUAGAGAGUUGCAAUA